AUGGCUCCUAAAAAAGACAAAGCAAUUUUAAAAGCAUUAGAGGAUGAGCUCAAUAAGAAUAAAGAUACUAAGAAUUUAGAUAAAAACAAUUUAAGAGAUUUACUUUCUCAGCUCAACUUGGCCGACAUAGCCUCUGGUUCAGCCGGCGUUGGCCAGGGCAAUAAAAAGGACCUCGGUCAGCAUAAGUUCUGGUCCACACAGCCUGUUUCUCUUCCCCAAGAGGGCACACUGGACGGUCCUAUUGAUCCAACAACUGAUAUCACCAAAUUCCGUAAAGAGCCAUACCCAUUACCAAACGACUAUGAAUGGGUUGACUUAGACCUUAACAACGAACAAGAGCUCGAAGACGUCAGAGAACUUCUUUGUCUAAACUAUGUCGAAGAUGACGAAGCAACCCUCAGAUUCAACUACUCAGCUGAAUUCCUCGCUUGGGCUCUCAAACCACCGGGUUACGAAAAAUCUUGGCACGUAGGUGUUCGCGUUGCAUCCGGCAAGCGCAAAUUAGUAGCCUUCAUAGCAGCUGUACCCAUGAUCAUAGAUGUUAACAAUCAGAAACUCAGAACAUCAGAGGUAAACUUCCUCUGCGUUCAUAAAAAAUUACGUUCAAAGAGACUCGCACCCGUCUUGAUCAAGGAAGUCACCCGUCGUUGCAACAUCAAAGGUGUUUUCCAAGCUACCUACACAGGUGGAAAUAUCCUCCCUGGUAUCAUAUCUACCUGUCAAUACUUCCAUAGGCCGAUUAAUGUACAAAAAUUAGUGGAAACAGGCUUCUCACAGGCUCCACCGGGUAUGACAAUAGAAAGAAUGACCAAGUUAAACGAAAUACCUGCUAGCUCAGCCGCUAAACCUCAACCAGAAGGCUUUAGAGAGAUGGAAGAGAAUGAUGUAAAAGGUGUCACUGAACUACUCAACGCAUACCUUUCUAGAUUCGAUUUGAAGCCUAUAUUCAGUGAAGAAGAAAUCAGUCAUACCUUCCUCAGUGGUAGGGGUGAAGGUGAUUAUAUAGACGGCAAACCAAUGAGAUCCAAGCAAGUUUUAUGGGCAUACGUCGUUGAAAAUCCAAAUACCAAGCAAAUUACCGACUUUAUUUCCUUUUAUUCACUUCCUAGCACAGUAGUUGGUAACGAAAAGUACCCAAUCUUAGAUGCAGCUUAUAUGUUCUAUUACGCAACUGACAAAUCACUACCAGAUGACUGGAGAACAUCAAACGAGAAAGUUUUCGAUAAAAAGUUAGAUAUAACGAGAAGAUCGAGAGUUGGCGAAAGACUCAAUAGACUAGUUGAAGCAAUUCUCAGAAUAUCAAAGGGCGCAGGAUUUGAUGUCUUCAACACACUCACACUUAUGGACUCUAACCACUUUAUUGAUGACCAAAAGUUCAAACCUGGCAGUGGUCUUCUCAAUUAUUACAUAUUCAACUGGAGACUUGGACAGCAGAUACAUGGUGGUAUUGGAUCUGGUAGGGAUGGAUCUGGUAUCGCAUUAGUUAUGUUGUAAAAAUGUAAAUAAGCAGAACUCUUUGAUUUCAUCUUUUUCCUGUAUU